CCCUGGGCGCUUGUCACUGCGGGGGUAGACAGGCGGUGGAUCGCGACACUUUUUUUUUUUUCGCUUCGGCGAUCGGUCCUCGCCAUCAUCAUGUUGCGGGUCUGUCAGCGCGUGGCCACCACAGCGGCUCAGAAUUGUCUUUGUAGUAAAAGUUCACUCCGUUCUUCCCGGCUGUCUCGUGGAUAUGCCUCAUCUAGAGAGUCUGGUGUCUCUGCAGGGAAAAUAAUUGGUGCCAGUGUUUUGUUUAUUGGUGGAGGAAUAGGUGGAACUAUUUUAUAUGCAAAUUAUGAUCCACGCUUCCGAGAAAAUGUAGAGAAGACAAUCCCUUAUUCCAGUGAUUUGUUUGAAAUAGUUUUGGGUCCUCUUCCCUAUAUUUCAACACCAAAGAAACCAAUACAGUCAGCUCCACUAAAUAUCUCUUCUGUAGCAGAAGUAAAGAAAGAAUCUAAACAAGCAGUUGUGAAAUCUCCAAAGAGCAAAACAGAUGCUACUUCAACUACUACUGAAGAAAAAGAAGCAGGCUCAGAAGUCGCUCACAUACUCUCAGCAACAGGUGAAGCAUUGUCAGUACCAGCUCCUGGAAUGCAGCAGGAGGAGGAAUGCUACAAAAGUCACGUUCAGCAAAAACCUCCUGACUUAGGUAAAGAACAUCGUCAUGGUGACGCUGUUGUAAAAGAAAGGCCACCUGAAGAGGUUGCAGCUCGUCUAGCACAACAAGAAAAAGAAGAAAAAGAGAAAAUUAAGGCCCUUGCAGCAUCCUUGGAAAGCGCUUUGAAUAGCACUGCUCGUAUCACUUUGCAAGCAGUUACUCUCCAGGAAACUGCUGUCCAGGCUGUCAAUCUCCAUGCUCAGAAACUGAAAGAAGCUAUGGAUAACUCUGAGGUUCCAAGUGAGAAAAAGGCAGCUCAGUGGCGAACUCUGGAGGAAGCAUUGAAGGAUCGUAGAAAAGCUGUGGAUGAAGCUGCUGAUAUUCUUUUAAAGGCCAAAGAAGAAAUAGAAAAAAUGAAAGGUGUGAUUGAUAAUGCCAAGAAGUCUCGUAUACCUGGAGUCAAACCUCACAUUCAGGGCAUAGAAGAGAACCUUCAUCGUAUGAUAACUGACUUGGACAAUGUGGUCAAAAAGGUACAAGCAGCACAGUCAGAAGCUAAAAUAGUAUCACAGUACCAUGAUCUUGUAACCAAAGCAAGAGAAGAAUUCCAGAGAGAGCUGGAUAGUGUUACUCCUGACAUUCAGACUGGUUGGAAGGGGCUAACUGACCGACUAACAACAGAUGACCUGAACUCUCUCAUUGCUCAUGCUCAUCGCCGCAUAGACCAGCUGAAUAAGGAGCUGAUAGAUAUGAAAGUCCGAGAAGAACAACAUAUUAAGACAGCUUUAGAAAAGCAAAAACUGGAAGAGAAAAAAGCUUUUGAGUCAGCAGUAGCAAAGGCAUUGGAACGUCAUAAGAAUGAAAUCCAAAUAGAACAGGAGAAGAAGGUUGAAGAAGCUCAAGAAGUUAUGGAAAGUGAAAUGCGAACUCAGUUACGUCGACAAGCUGCUGCACAUGCUGAUCACUUAAGAGAUGUUCUCAGAAUUCAGGAACAAGAACUGAAACAACAAUUUGACCAGAAUUUAUCUGAAAAACUUACUGAACAAGAACUUCAACAUAAACGUCUUCAUCAGGAACAGAUUGACAACUUCACUCUGGAUAUCAAUACAGCCUAUGCCAGACUGAGGGGAAUCGAACAGGCAGUUGAAAGCCAUGUGGUUGCUGCAGAAGAAGCCAGGAAAGCCCAUCAGUUGUGGCUUUCAGUUGAAGCUUUAAAGCAAAGUAUGGAAACUGCUGCUGGGGAUAGUCCCACAGAACCUUUGGAGGAAGCAGUACAGUCCAUCCAACUCAGCUGUCCUGAUGAUGAAUUCACCCGAGCCUUAACAGCUGCCCUUCCUCAAAAAUCACUCAGUCGUGGGGUAUACACGGAAGAGGCACUAAGGGCACGCUUUCACACAGUCCAGAAGCUGGCUAAAAGAGUGGCACUGAUAGAUGAAACAAGAAACAGCUUGUAUCAAUAUUUUCUGUCUUAUCUGCAGUCCCUUCUCUUGUUUUAUCCUCAGCAGCUGAAGCCACCAACUGAGCUUGGUCCCGAAGAUCUGGACACAUUUAAGUUGUUCUCUUAUGCAUCCUACUGCAUUGAACACGGAGAUUUAGAAUUGGCAGCUAAAUUCAUCAAUCAGCUUAAAGGAGAACCCAGAAGGGUGGCCCAGGACUGGCUGAAUGAAGCUCGGAUGACCUUGGAGGCAAAACAAGUGGUGGAUAUCCUGACUACUUAUGCUAGUGCUGUGGGCUUGGGAACAACUCAGGUGGACUAAUAUAAGCCAGAUACGCAGGACUCCUAUAUCUUUUAACAUUAGUCAACCAACAUUCAAGAUUUGCAAUAGUACUGGGAAUUGGUGGGAGACCUAACAUGGUUCCAAACCAUGCAAGCAACUCAAGUGUCAUUGGGGGGGAAAGUUCCAUCUCCUAGUACUCUUAUAAAUCUUAGCACCUGUUGCAUUUGCAUUUUUUUCCUUCAGCCAUUUAUCAUGUCUGGAAUGUGUUUUGUUUUUGUUUUAAUCUAUAUAACACAGUUUCCAGGUAUUACUGAUUGAGCUUGUGAACCCACCAAAAUAAUGUUUAUAACCUCUUACUGAUUUGCCAUUUGGCUCAAUUAAAUAAAUGAUAUUUAAACAA